GCUGCUCUUCCCUGGUUCCAGUGGCUUCUCCCCACCAUGGUCUUCUGGAUGAUCAACCUGCUGAUCGUUGGCGCCGCCUUCGUCCGGCUUUUCAUUUAUGGCGAGCCCGUCACCCGGCCCCACUCGGAGUCUUCGGUCAUCUUCUGGAGACACCGCAAGCAGGCGGACCUGGACUUGGCUCGGGGGGAUUUUGCACAAGCAUCCCAGAACCUGUGGACGGCCCUCAAAGCGCUUAGACGGCCCCUCCCCACCUCCAAUCUGGACCUCACCUGCAGCCUCUUGUGGAACUUGAUCCGGCACAUCCUCCAACGUCUCUGGGUAGGGCGUUGGCUGGCUGGCCGGGCUGGUGGCUUCUUCCGAGAUCAGGAGCUGAAGGCUGAUGUGCGCAAGAGCGCCUGUGACGCGGCCCUGGUCUACCACCGGCUGCAUCAGCUUCACAUGACAGGGAAGCACGUGGCAGGCCACCUGUCCGCUAUCAACAUGGCGCUGAGCGCAGUCAACCUAGCCGAGUGUGCUGGCGAUGCCAUCUCAGUGGCCACGCUGGCUGAAGUCUACGUGGCUGCUGCCCUGCGGGUGAAGACCAGCCUCCACCACUGUUGCCACUUCCUAGCGCGAUUCUUCCUCAGCAGCGCCCGGCAAGUGCUGCUAUCCCACCAUGGGACGGUCCCUCCUGCGCUCCAGUGGCUCUGCCACCCCGUGGGACACCGGUUCUUCGUGGACGGUGACUGGGCGGUGAAAAGCUCUCCGCGGGAAAGCAUCUACAGCUCCACCAGCCACCCAGCAAACCCCCUGGCUCAGGUGACACAACUCUUCCGAGAACAUCUGCUGGAGAAAGCUCUUUCUUGCGUCUCCAGGCUGGACAACCCAGCCCCUGCCAGCCACAGCGAGGGGGAAUUUUCAGAUGCUCUGGAGUACCUGCAUUUCCUCAACAGCUGUGCGGAUACUGUCCCCAACCCGACGCCUUCCAUCAGUACCAACAUGGACUUGGCCACAGGUACUGACCCUGUUUCCCACUGGUGGGCAUCUGUGGUUGCCAUGGCAAUCCAUGGACUGCAAGCGGACGAGGAGGCCAUGGAACGCCUCUACCCUCUGGUGGAAUUCAUGCCCCGAGUUCUCCAGGGGUCUGAGAACCCUCUUCCACGUGCGGCCCUGCACACCUUCAAGGCAGCCCGGGUGCUGGGCAAAGAGGACAGCAGCCUGGGGCAGUGCGACAAAGCUGGCGAAUAUUUGCGAGACAGCUUGGGUGGGAACGCAACUCCCAGCGCUAUCGACAGAGCAGUGCAGUUCCUUUUGUGUGACCUGCUCCUGAUCACUCGCACCAGGUUCUGGCAACAACAGAUGCAGGGGGCUCCCCCGCACAGAGCCCGCUACCAGGCGUCCGCCCUCGAGCUACGGGGCUUUCAGCAGGACCUCAGUACUCUCCGGCGCUUGGCGCAAGCGGACCAGCCUGCCAUGCACAGGGUCUUCCUCCAUGAGGCAACUGCCCGACUGAUGACCCGAGCCAGCCCCACACGGACCCACCAGUUGCUUGACCGAAGUCUCCGCAGGAGAGGACCAUCUACCACCAAAGGAGCUGGUGAACAAGAGAGCCGCCCCACUGCCCGGGAACAAGCAGAAGCCUUGCAGCUGGCCUGUUCCUACCUCCCCCCUGUGUUGCUUUUGGGACCGGGCCAAAGGGGGGGCAUGCUGGCCGAGGCCGCCCGCUCCCUGGAGAAGCUGGGCGACAAGUGGACUUUCCAUGAAUGCCAGCAGAUGAUUGUCCGGCUCAGCAGUGGCUCCACCGUCACUUCCAGCUAGAGAUUUGGAAGAUUCCUAGGAAGGAGGGUGGAGGCCUGGGGUGGCCCCACCAGUUUGGUUUGUGGCAGUGCCGGUGAAAGCGCCGAGGAGGCCUGGCAGAGCAGGGCAGUGGCGACUCUCUUUCACUCUCUCUGCUGAGGCAGCUCUGGUUCCUCAAAAGGAUGCUCAGCUCUUUUCUUCUUCUGCGUCUAAAGAGACCUAGACAUAUGCAAGAGGGGACAACCCGGUGUGGCAGAACUGGGUGGAUCUGGCUGACUUCCCGCUCCUCCCAGGAGAAGGGUGUGCACACAACUCUUGCGAGUCUCUUGGGUUUUAGACUCCCCACGAUCAGGGUGCGUUUGGCAGGCAGGGUUAUCUUUUGGAGACCAUCCAGCCCUCCGUUUCUCACAUCCCCUGUCCAGCAGAUGAUGGCUUUGCCCUUACCUCUUUCACGGCCAGCUCUCUUCCUCCCCAGCUACCCCAGCCGCGGCUUGACUUCCUCCCCCACGUCCAUCCAUAUCUUCUGAGAGCCCAGCCCGGUGCGGGCAGCGGGAUUUCCAUCUUGGCGUUUGCUCAUUUCUCCCCAUCCCUUGAGGGCACGGGAGUUAAUUCACGGUAACUUCUGGUGGUCUCGUGUGGUGACCUUGGAUGAGCUUCAGUCAUGGUGGACCUACAACCCUUUGUGGCUGAGUAACGUUCUCAUCUCUUCACGUAUUAAUUGUUGCUGUUGGAAAGCAGUUGGCUGAAAAGAGGACAACAUUUCCCCUUCCCUUAAGGCGGACUCCGGGGGGAGUGGAAGUCCACUUUUUGUGUUUAAAAAAAAAAAUGGCAAAGGACACGCCAUGAAAAAGCUUAAUAGGAUUGUUAGAAAACGUUUCUAGAAGGAAAACGGAAGUCAGACACGGUGAGAGAUCUCUCUCGUUCCACCCUUUGGAAAGCCACCUGUCAAAAGCUGCAGCCCCCUUUCUUACUCUAACCUAACCUCCUUCCCCCUUCCAUCCCGUACUGCAGUCUGGGGAACCCGACAUAGCGGUUGAUGGGAACGCCAUCCAGAAGGUUAGGAUCAGAGUUGGUGGAGCAGCUGGAGGGUUUCCACUGCUGCCCAUCGCUUGUGGGGGAUGAAGUACUCGCAUCGGCGUCCCCCCCCCCGCCAACAUGCACUCCUGCUCAGCCACGAUUCUUUCUUCCAAAAGUUAUUUUCAUAGUAUCAGGGGAGGGUUUUUUGUACAGAUGAUAAAAUAAAACAGCUACUUAUUUAUAUCUCCUUGUCUGGACAUUAAUUGGAGCAGAAGACAGACAGGAUGGUGGGAAUCACCUUGGUUGGACUCUAGGCUGAUGAAUUCUCACCAGCUCUACAAAAGUUGUCCUCCCCUGGAUGUGUUGAUUGGCAAGGUCUUUAAGGGUUGUGAAGACCAUGGGGGGCCACCUCUGGUUUGGCUCAUCAGACUUGUAGCCUCCCAGAUGUCCAGUCCUGCUUGAGUUGGGCCAAUUCUUCUCUUGUCUACUCUAAAAUGUACCUACCGAGAAAUCCUCUGUGCUCUGGGUUACAGCUAUACACAUAUGGGGCAGUGAAGGUAUGGGAGGGAGCGACCUGCUUUCUUCCUACCCUAGUUGAAAGCUUUCUGGGGGCAUUUUCCACAGAACCAUGACAUUUGGGCUUGAUUCAGUCCAGGAGGACUCAAGUCUACCGUGAUCCCGAAUGACGAAGCAACUCUCAUAUCUGAAUUGGGCCAGUGGGGCAGAUUCUUUUGGACAUUUCAAAGAAUUGGUUUCAACAUCCAAAGGGGCUUGAUGAAAAAAAUGGAUCGGAUAGCACACAGUGGGGCAGGUCUCCAGAGCUCAUGGUUUUAAUGUGAAGAAGGCAAUCUCAUUUAAUCAUAUGAUCUGAGUGUGGCAUGUUCUGUGAAGACAGCAAUUGUAUUUUGUUAGCGUGAAAACAUCUUGAGAGAGCCAAGAGGUGUUAUUGGCCAGCAGAUAUAUGUUGAACUGACCUCACACUGGAAAAACACCUCACUCUAUUUCAACAGUAUAAGGUUGGCCUCACAAGAGUCCAUCAAGAUGGUGAAGUAGACUUUUCUGUUGAGCAAUGAAUGCCUUCAGACCGACUACACGGGUCACACGUGGGACUAAGGUGGUUGCAUCCUUCAAGCCACAAGAUGCUGGUGGAAACGGGUUGCAAACCCUGCCACCUUCUGUGGUGCUUUCUAAAAUAAGUCUACAUUUAUCCACACACAGGACAAACGCACUGCACUGCAGAAACAGUGUCCACAAAUGUUGACAGGGUUUGCACAACACGUUCUUUGGCAAGGAGAGGAGGGGUGGAACACUUUGUGGCUCCGGUUGAUGUGAAAACCCAAUCAUUAUCUUAGCAAAUUAUAUGGUCCAGGCCAUCCCAAGCCCAACUCUAUUGGAAACGUCCACCAGUAUUGUCCUCAAUUGACGUUGAGCGGGCUUCGACCCUACUUCUACCGGCAAAGAAUUCUUGAGGAAUCUUGCCGUGUGCAGCUUCUGGAAAGGUGUGGUGAUCUAUUUCCUCUGCUUGGAUCUGAUCUCCCCACCCCACCCCAAGGAGAUGGCUGAAAAAUAGGUGAUUAGGGAACUCGCCAUAUGUCCAAAACAAUUGCUGAAUCUUUAUUGGUGUUCUGAAUGCAAUGACCUGAUUUUUUUCUUUGUUUUUUUUUUAACUCUUAAGGAAAAUAAACUUCUUUUAGAAAC